CUUGCUUCGCAUCUGGCUGAAGUAGGUCACGAUUCUCACGAAGGAGCAUUCAAACAGAAGAGUAGAGAUCAGGUUUGUCUUGACAAGGCUCCAUGUCAGCUACUUCGGCGCGUAGCAAAGUUGUCCCAACACAGCUACGCGGGCGUUGGGGCGUGCGGGCGUACGGAGAGCGGCGAUAAAACUCGUUUGCGCGCUUUCUUCCGGCAACCGGUAAACACUCAACGGGAAUCCGCUAACACCCUCACGGGGCGGCUAACCGGACAAGCCUAAUUUCUCUAACAGCUUGGUUGUUUCCGUAGCAUGCGUGCGGUAUUGCAGUACGGUUAUCAGUCCUAUGAGGGGAUGGCAAUGGCAAUGUCAGCCUUUGUGACUGUUUGCUCGAACGCAAUUUCCAACUGUGUAAAAUAAAUGGCCGGUGUUCCGCUUACAUUGGUUAACGCUGAUGGCAUCUGUUUUCUCGACGAAGGCUUCCUGACUCGUUUUCAUGGUCGUGCGUUUCCUUGUUCGCAUCCGCGUGCCGACCUCCAUAAUUCUUGGCUCCUUUCACCACGGCGCAGAUGCGAGUCUUGCCGACAUACGACUGCAGAACGGACGCGUGAUGCUGCUUCUGUUGCCAUUGUAGAGAAGACAAAGGCUGGCUGAACGAAAUUCACGUACCGAAAUUUGGACCUCACCAUGGAAGACCAGACUCCGCCCCCGUAUGUUCAACAUUAUCCCAGUGACGCUUCGGUCACGUUUGUUCAUGGAGAGUCAGCGCUGCUAAAGACGCCACCGAAAAGAUCAUGGAAGACUAGGUGCGCAGCAAUGGGAUUGUUGAAAGUUGCUGUCGGAGUUCUCCUGAUCACAACAGUGGCUUCCCUAGGAUUAUUCUUUGUCCAACGAGGACAGGCCACUCCGAAUGCAGAAUACCUAAAAAUUGCUGAUGCUCCAGCUGAGGGAGUGGCUCCAAAUCGUGUUCAGCGCGAGACCGUUCCGGAAGCAGGGGAGUCUCCAAAAACUGCCCUGGGAUCACUUCUUGACAAGGUACAGCUCGGGAUCAUAUCAGUGCCUGAAAGACGAAAAGGAGUUGCGGCACUACCCGACGUCACCAAUUUCACCUUGGUGGCGGCUGAUAAUCACUAUAUCACCCUGGCAUGGGUUCAACCUCGGAAGAGGAUUGACUUCUACUUGCUCGACGUCACCGAUGGGAGUGGUUAUGAAAAUAACAGUCUUCGGAAACAACGUGCGGGAUCCUGUAGCAAUGACACCUUCAUUCGCGCUGAACAGACACAAGUCACCUGUGGCCCUUUCGACGCCUGCUCGAAGCUUACUGCCACUAUUCGCACGUACACAACAGGACCUCCAGAGCGCAUCUCAAAGGGAACCACCUUAAAUGAACUUUUCAUCAAUGGUGAGGAGCCAAGUGAACCCAAGGGCAUCACCAUGGUCGCCAAGUCCCCAUCCAUCACGAGACUGCUAUGGGAACCGCCAACACGCAUACAUGGCCUUGUGGACGUGUACACGGUUAAAGUGUGUGAGACGUUUUCAGAAUGUGACCAAAAGCAGAAUUUAAAGGACUGCGUUGAGCACGAGGUUUCGGACACCUGGCUGGACUUUGACAGCACAGAAGACACCCCGUACUGCGUCAAGAUUACGGCUAGUGCACGAUGUGGCGGCAAAGUUCUCACUAGCCUUCCAGCGGUGCAAGAAGUGAGAACGCCUCUUUCCUCACUCCCCGACGUGUCCAACCUGAGACUAAUAAGUGCCAAAAGUGGCCACAUUACCUUAUCCUGGCAGCGGCCGAAAGGUCGUUUCGACUACUAUUCGGUGGAAGUCACUGAAGACAAGGUUAGCAGUCCAGACACUGCUAAACACUGGCUUGGCUUGUGCGCCAACGGCACCAUCAUCCGCCCCGACCAGACGGAACUCAUGUGUGGUCCAUUGGAGCCUUGUCGUAACUUGUCCUGCACCAUGCGCACCCACUUGAGUGGACCACCUGAACGUAGUUCUCCUGGAGUGACACUAAAAGGCAUCUUCAUCCCUGUCGAAGACCCAUAUCCACCAACGAACCUUACGAUGUUCCCAGAAUCACCAUCACGGACUCGUCUACACUGGGAAAUACCGAAGAAAGUGUCCGGCAUUAUGGUAUCCUACCAUCUUAAGAUAUGCCGCACAUUCGAAUCGUGCGAUCGAGUAGAAGGCUUGAGUAAUUGUGCGGAAUACCUGACGACCGAGAUGUGGACAGUGUUUGACAGCAGCGUGGACACUCCGUAUUGCGUACUGGUUACUGCAAGAACACGCUGCAGUGUCGAAGAAGUAAGCAGCCGGCCACUUAUAGCGGAAAUACGGACGCCGCUUUUUGACCUACCUGAUGCAACCAACCUGAGGUUGCUCUCUGCUGUGGAUAACUCCAUCACUGUGGCCUGGGAAAGGCCGCAGGCUCGCUUCGACUACUUCUGGCUCUCCAUUUCGGACAACAAAGAUGAAGGACGCGGCAAUGCUCAAAAGGGGCGCGUUGGAUCUUGUGGCAACGGCACGAUCAUUCAUCCAAAUCAGACGUGGGCCACAUGCCCCAACCUCGAGGCUUGCACCAAAGUAAGCGUUACCUUACGCACCCACAUAAACGGGCCGCCAGAGCGUACAUCCCGCGGAGUUAGCCUUCAAGACAUCUUGAUCCCGGGCGAAGACCCAGAUCCGCCAAGGAACAUAACCAUGGUCGCAAAAUCUCCAUCACUUACCCGUCUACAGUGGGAACCGUCGGCAAAAGCCUACGGAAGAUUGCUUGCAUACACGGUUAAAAUAUGCGACACAUUCAAAUCUUGUAGUGGAGAAGCAAAUAUGCAGGGCUGCAUCGAACUUCAAGCACAUGAGACCUGGCUGGACUUUCACAGCCGUGUUGACACCAAGUACUGCGUCCUGGUCACAACGAACUCACAAUGCGGCGAGCAAGUUCUAAAUGGUCGGGCAGCGGUAGCUGAAAUCCGGACACCUUUGCAGUUCUACCCUGACGUCACGAAUCUCGACCUAAAGGCGGCUGAUAAUCACUACAUCACCGUGGCCUGGGAUGCACCUCGGGGCACUUUUGACUUCUACUGGCUCGAUGUCAACAGUGAAAACGAUAAUGUAAAUGAUAGUCUUAAGAAACAUCAUGCGGGCUCUUGUGCCAAUGGCACCAUUAUUCGUGCUGAGCAGACUCAAGUCACCUGUGGCCCUUUCGAUCCCUGCUCCAAUAUUAGUGUCACUGUUGGCACGUCCAUCAAAGGACCGCCGGCACGCACCUCGAUGGGAACCACCUUAAAAGGUGUUUUACUCAGUGGUCAAGAGCCAAGUGAACCCAAGAGCAUCACCAUGGUCGCCAAGUCCCCAUCCAUGACGAGACUGCUAUGGGAACCACCAACAUGCAUACAUGGCCUUGUGGACGUGUACGAAGUUAAAGUGUGUGAGAUGUUUUCAGAAUGUGACCAAAAGCAGAACUUGAGUGACUGCAUUGAGCACGAGGUUUCGGACACCUGGCUGGACUUUGACAGCAAAGAAGACACCCCGUACUGCGUCCUGAUUACGGCUAGUGCGCGAUGUGGCGGCAAAGUCCUCACUAGCCUUCCAGCGAUGCAAGAAGUGAGAACGCCUCUUUUCUCACUCCCCGACGUGUCCAACCUGAGACUAAUCAGUGCCAAAAGUGGCCAUAUUACCUUAUCCUGGCAGCGGCCCAAAGGUCGUUUCGACUACUAUUCGGUGGAAGUCACUGAAGACAAGGUUAGCAGCACAGACACUGCUAAACACUGGCUUGGUUUGUGCGCCAACGGCACCAUCAUCCGCCCCGACCAGACGGUACUCACGUGUGGUCCAUUGGAGCCUUGCCGUAACUUGUCCUGCACCAUGCGCACCCACUUGAGUGGACCACCUGAACGCAGUUCUCCAGGAGUCACAUUAACAGGCAUCUUCAUCCCUGCCGAAGACCCGAAUCCACCAACGAACCUUACGAUAUUCCCAGAAUCACCGUCACGAACUCGUCUACAAUGGGAACAGCCGGAGAAAGUGUCAGGCAUUAUGGAGUCGUACAAUCUUCAGAUAUGUAGCACAUUCGAAUCAUGUGAUCGAGCAGAAGGCUUGAGUAAUUGUGCGGAAUACCUGACGACCGAGACGUGGACAGCAUUUGACAGCAGCGUGGACACUUCGUACUGCGUACUCGUUACUGUAAAAGCACGCUGCAGCUUCGACGAAGUAAGCAGCCGGCCACUUAUAGCGGAAAUACGGACGCCGCUUUUUGACCUGCCUGAUGCAACCAACCUGAGGUUGCUCUCCGCUGCGGAAAACUGCAUCACUGUGGCCUGGGAAAGGCCGCAGGCUCGCUUCGACUACUACUCGCUCUCCAUUGUUGAUGACGAAAAUGAAGGACACGGCGACGCUCAAAAUGAGCUCGUUGGAUCUUGCGGCAACGGCACGAUCAUUCACCCAAAUCAGACAUGGGCCACAUGCCCAAACCUCGAGGCUUGCACCAAAGUAAGCAUUACCUUACGCACCCACAGAAACGGGCCACCGGAGCGCACAUCCCGCGGAGUUAGCCUCCAAGGCAUCUUUAUCCCGGGCGAAGACCCAGAUCCACCAAAGAACAUAACCAUGGUCGGAAAAUCUCCAACAAUUACCCGUCUACAGUGGGAGGCAUCGGCAAAAGUCUACGGAAUACUGCUUGCAUACACGGUUAAAAUAUGCGACACGUUCAAAUCUUGCAGUGGAGAAGCAAAUAUGGACGGCUGCAUCGAACUUCAAGCACAUGAGACCUGGCUGGACUUUCACAGCAGAGUUCACACCAAGUACUGCGUCCUGGUCACAACAAGCUCACAAUGCGGCGAGCAAGUUCUAAAUGGUCGGUCCGCGGUAGCUGAAAUCCGCACACCGGCGCCUGUUCUACCCGACGUCACGAAUCUCAACCUAAAGGCGGCUGAUAAUCACUAUAUCACCGUGGCCUGGGAUCAACCUCGGGACACUUUUGACUCCUACUGGCUCGAAGUCACGAAGGAAAAAGAUAAUGAAAAGGAGAGUGUUCAGACACAUCAUGUGGGCUCUUGUGCCAACGGCACCAUUAUUCGUGCUGAGCAGACUCACGUCACCUGCGGCCCUUUCGAUCCCUGCUCCAAAAUUAGUGUCACUGUUCGCACGUUCAUCAAAGGACCACCGGCUCUCACCUCGAUGGGAACCACCUUGAAAGGCGUUUUUCUCAGUGGCCAUGAUCCAAGUGAACCCAGGAAUAUCACUAUUGUGGCGAAAUCACCGUCCAUGGCAAGACUCCAGUGGGAGCCGCCAACGAGGGUACAUGGCGUUCUAGACAUCUACAAGGUGAAAGUGUGCAAGGAGUACACAGUAUGCGACCGAAAGGAAAGCCCAGGUGGAUGCAUUGAGCACACUGCUUCUGAUGCUUGGCUGGACUUUGAGAGCACCGCAGACACCUCGUACUGCGUCCUCAUCACGGCGAGCGCACGAUGCGGUGUGGACGUCCUGACGAGUCUUCCAGCGACACUGGAAGUUAGAACGCCUUCUUUCGACCCCCCUGAUGUAACCAAGCUGUCAUUGCUCUCCGCUGGGAAUAACUACAUCACCGUUGCCUGGGAAAGACCAAAGGAUCGCUUCGAUUACUACUGGGUGUCUAUUACCGAUGACAGAGACGAGAAACACCGUAAUGCUGGAUCGUGCACCAACGGCACAAUCAUUCACCCAGAGCAGACCCAGGUCACAUGCAGAAGCCUCGAUGCUUGCACCAAUGUGAGCGUAACCUUACGUACACACAGAAACGGGCCGCCGGAGCGUACGUCCAUCGGAGUUUCCCUCCAGCACAUCUUUGUCCCGGGUAAAGCGUGUCCGCAGAAACCGUUGUACCAGUGGGUGGCCUGGCGCGGAAAUACCGUCCCAGAAAACGCGGUGCCCGGCGGGCAGCACAAGUCCGGCACCCUGUAUGUCUGCCGGGCCAAACUCGAUGGUCAAUUCAUACCGGGAAAGCUGGCAUCCUGGGACAGCACGUGCUACGUUCCAUACGGAAGAGGCCGACGUAGCUACAAGGAAUUUGAGGUUCUUGUCGCAGAGGACCCCAGUUAAAUGGGUGCUGGUUUCCGACGGUUCACAACCUGGCGGAUUCAUCCAGGGUGACAGCACCUCUGCCGGCGAACGCCUGUACAUCGGCUGCACUGUGGCCGGCUAACCAUUGGGAAAGUCCUCUCGUUUGACGGUUAUCUCUACAUACCUUAUUAUAGACGAGGACGACUAGUACGAAUCACUAGUCGUCAAUUCCAUGAACUGCUCAAAUGCUGGCUAGAGCAAUUUAAAGAAUUAUGAGGUGUUUAAUAACUAUUACAAGAUGUGACGCAAUUGUUAGAAUCAACGUUAAGCGAAGCUGUGUUUAAAACGUUUCAAUAAAAUUAAUGUUAUGCCGGUUGGCACGAGA